GCCCUUUGAUGCAUGGGACAGGGAUUCUGGCUGAGAUGGGGCAGGGGAUGGGCAAGGAAGCCCCACAUCUCCCCAGAUAGCCUUCCCUUCACCUCCCAGCCCAGGUCAGCAGGUAGGCUGCAGAGAGGUUGAGCCCUGAAUUUUACUAGGCCUGAGAUCACUGAACGGUUAGAUUUCCAGCAUUUGUCCAGAUGUGUUUCAGCGACAGCAUGGGAGCUGGUGCUGGGGGGCGGGGGGAGGGACUCCUCUCUGUUCCAGCUCUAUUCUGUGUGCCCACGGGGGCAUAGGUGCGUCCCUGAAGGGUCACUGAUCACUUCCUGGCCUCAGGAUCAUCAAUGCAGAGAAAUCUGAGUUCAAUGAGGAUCAGGCGGCCUGUGGGAAGCUGUGCAUCCGGAGAUAUGAGUUUGGGGUUGAAGAGGACCAAGAGUGGCUGACUUUGUGCCCAGAGGAAUUCCUGACAGGUCAUUACUGGGCACUGUUUGAUGGGCAUGGCGGUCCAGCUGCAGCUAUCCUGGCUGCCAAUACCCUGCACUCCUGCUUGCGCCGACAGCUGGAGGCCGUGGUAGAGGGCAUGGUGGCCACUCAGCCCCCCAUGCACCUCAGUGGCCACUGCGUCUGCCCCAGUGACCCUCAGUUUGUGGAGGAAAAGGGCAUUAGGGCUGAAGACUUGGUGAUUGGAGCUCUGGAGAGUGCCUUCCAGGAAUGUGAUGAGGUGAUUGGGCGGGAGCUGGAGGCCUCAGGCCAGGCAGGAGGCUGUACAGCCCUAGUGGCCGUGUCCCUGCAGGGAAAGCUGUAUGUGGCCAAUGCUGGAGAUAGCAGAGCCAUUUUGGUGCGGAGGAAUGAGGUGCGGCCCCUGAGCUCUGAGUUCACACCAGAGACUGAACGUCAGCGGAUCCAGCAACUGGCCUUUGUCUACCCUGAGCUUCUGGCUGGUGAGUUCACCCGACUGGAGUUCCCUCGGCGACUGAAGGGGGAUGACUUGGGGCAGAAGGUUUUGUUCAGGGAUCACCACAUGAGUGGCUGGAGCUACAAGUGCGUGGAGAAGUCAGAUCUCAAAUACCCACUGAUCCACGGACAGGGUAGGCAGGCUCGGCUAUUGGGAACACUGGCUGUCUCCCGGGGUCUAGGAGACCAUCAGCUUAGAGUCCUGGACACAAACAUUCAGCUCAAGCCCUUCUUGCUCUCUGUCCCACAGGUGACUGUGCUGGAUGUGGACCAGCUGGAGCCGCAGGAGGAUGACUUAGUUGUCAUGGCAACUGAUGGGCUGUGGGACGUCCUGUCCAAUGAGCAGGUGGCACGGCUGGUGCGAAGCUUCCUCCCUGGCAACCAAGAGGACCCACACAGGUUCUCGGAGCUGGCCCAAAUGCUGAUACACAGCACACAGGGGAAGGACGACAAUCCUACACAGGAAGGGCAGGUGUCCUACGAUGACAUCUCUGUGUUCGUGAUUCCCUUGCACAGCCAGCACCAAGGGCGCAGUAGCCACUGAGGAUUCAUACACCGCAUCCCAGAACCACUUACGAACCAGGUGCAGUCUGGGCAUCCCUCCACCAUCAUCAACAGCAGGUCUGCCUGCCCCACCCCAAGACACAGCCUAGGACUCUUACCCUCGACCCCAACCCAUUUCAAGGAAAGCAUUUCUACCAGGCAGUGCUGGUAGAACAUGGAGCAUCCAGCUCCCCAGAUCCCCGCUUUGGCAGGCAGGCAGAGUUCUAAUGUCAACAAUAACAUCUGGCAGACACUUUACAACUUAGGAAACCCAUGCGAGGUUUCUGACAAGAUCCUUAACAGCCCAAUAUAUUACUCUCUGAUGGGGACAGUUGGCCAAAGAUGCCAGGAAGGGCAAACAGCCUGUUUGGAUCCAGAUUUCCAGUCCAUGAAUAGCAGGAUAUCUACUCAACAACCCCCAAAACACAUGCAGGGUACCUUCUGGGAAGUCUUAUGCAUACCUGCUAAACAGCCAUCUUGCAGCAGCCUGUGGGGAGACCAGCUCAGGUCCUGCUCUGCUCCCCUCUGUACUGGAGGAGGGGCAUAAACCCAGGGGCUAAAGUAGGGGGAGAACAAAAAGGGGCAGAGCUGGCUGAGUGGAGAAUGCUCUCAUUUCUCCUCCUGCCUCUAGCGUGGUCUCCUCAUUGCUACUUUCUGGCCUCAACCUUGCCCCAGACUGAUGCCUCAAAAAUGCUGUUUUGUUGAUAUUCGUCACUUUCCUAUUAAAUGUUUCUGUGCAGAAGA